GUCCGACCACCGAAUCGAAUCGCACGACUAGCCGCGCCUGACUGCCCUGCUUGUCUCCGUCGGAGCACCGGAGAAAAAAAAAGAUGUGGGAGGAGAAGAGAGGAAGCAUUAGGACUCCGUAGUUCGUUGUUAUUAUUAUGCUGGCUGUUUCGCUUGUUUCUUUGCUGCGUAGCCCCGUAGAAUGCGUAUCCAUGGUUGACUUUUGGCGAACAGGUGGUUCUCGACCAUCGCCCGCAUCAUUACAAGGCGCCAGGCGAACCGUUGGAGAAAAUACCGAAGGCAAAGUUUUCCCACUUUCACAACUCUAUCCCACUCUUCCAGUUGGUCGGCUAAAGACCCUGGCGAACGAGUCGCGACUCAAGGAUCCGAUCCAAGGGUUAUUGACUGGGUCGCUGAGAAAAGAGAGCAGUCGAAUCAGGGCUUGCUAUUAGCCCUUUUCUGCGUGCUUAAAUUCAUCAUCUUGAAUUUUAGUACCCACUCAGAGGACUGGAAAGAGAGAAAGAGACCAGAGAGGAAGCCUGAGAAAA